AUGAAGGGUGUGCUGCCUGAGCUGAUAGCUGAGAAUCAAGGAGCUUUUGUACAUGGUAGGUUCAUCAUGCACAAUAUCAUGAUAUGUCAGGAAAUUGUUAGACAAUAUGGAAGGAAGAAUGCCUCACCUGGCUAUUUGAUCAAACUGGAUAUGCAGAAAGCCUAUGAUACAAUUGAGUGGGAUUUUUUGGAGGAAAUGUUGUUUGCUUUAGGCUUCCCACAUCUGUUUGUUCAGUGGAUCAUGACCUGUGUCACAACUCCUAAAUUCUCCAUUAUGGUCAAUGGUUCAGUCCAUAGUUUCUUUGCCUCUCACAGGGGCUUGAGACAGGGGGAUCCCCUAUCGCCCUUGUUGUUUGUGGUUUGCAUGGAGUAUCUGUCAAGAACACUACACAAGGUGGGAGAAGAUUGUUGUUUCAAAUUUCACCCAAGAUGCAGAUCAACUAAGUUAACUCACCUUUGCUUUGCAGAUGACCUUAUUCUCUGCUGCAAGGGUGAGUUUAAUUCAAUUCAUCUGCUCCUUCAAGGUUUCAAGUUAUUUUCUGAUACUUCUGGUUUAAAAGCUAAUGUUCAGAAGUCUGCAGUGUAUUGUGUUGGUAUGAAUACUGAUGUAGUUCAGCAGGUGGUGGAUGUGUUUAGGUUUUCCCUGGGGACUUUCCCUUUUAGGUACCUAGGGGUUUCUAUUUAUUUUAAAAGAAUCACAAAUGUUGACUGUGAAAGUCUAGUGGAUAAAAUGUUUGCUAGGAUUAAGACUUGGAGUUACAGAAACCUAUCCUUUGCAGGUAGGGUAACCCUGAUAAAUGCAGUACUCUUGAGCAUCCAUUCUUACUGGGCACAAGUGUUUGUUCUCCCUAAACAUGUUCUCAAAACUGUUGAGGUGCGCUAUCUAGUGUGUAGCCCAAAGAAGGAAGGUGGGUUGGGAAUUAGAAAGAUUCAGGCUUGGAACAUUGCUGCAUUAGGGAAGUAUGUAUGGGCAAUAGCUAGAAAAAAGGACACAAUGUGGGUUAGAUGGCCAAAAGCUGAUAGUGGUUGGUACUGGAGGAAGAUCUGUAGUGUUAAGGAGGAUCUGAAGAUGUUGUUCAUUGAGAUUGAGUUGGCUCAAAUGCCUAAAUAUUAUAUUCAGAAAGUUUACCAGAAACUUAUCCAGCAUGGUGACAAGGUCCCUUGGGGGUCUGCAGUGUGGAAUAGAGCUUCUAUUCCUAAAACUAGAGGGGUUGAAAAAUGGCUAGAUAUUCCUAUUAGCAAAGUUCAGUAUAUGGGCCUAUUGAGAUGGGUUAAAUGGAAGAGCAAAUGCAGCAAAUUCCAGAAGAUAGUAAUGCAUACUGCUAUCAAUGCUACUGUGUAUGUCCUGUGGAGAGCAAGGAAUGAUGCCCAGUGGAAUCAGAUGAUUCCCACCCCUGCAGCUACUAUUAGUUGCAUCCGGAGGAGUGUCAUUGAGAGACUAACUCACAUAGGUGCUAGGAAUCCUAGUACUGAUGACCAGAUUUGGUGGAAAAACAAAUGUGGUCAAGAGGCGCUGAAGAUGGAUUGCAAAAGAAUUGGGAAGAAAAAGGAAAGUGGUUCUGGUAAGAAUGAUGAAGACAGAGAAUAUUGGAAUGCAAACGCCUCAGUUCGAUGGCUUGGUACUCAUCUUCGAUCUUCUUCUGUUCUCUCUCUCUUCCGUGAACUCCGUAAUAAUGUAACCUUACCGGCUAAAAAGAUCAUAACUUCUAUUUGGAGUAUUUGGAAAACACGUAAUGCUCACAUUUUUAGACAAUCUCCCGUCUCAUCGAUGGGAAUAUACAGUAGAGCUUUCAGGAUCCUUACGAAAUGGAAUAUGCGUACACGUCUCGAUUCAUUGGAUGUGAACAUUAAUAAUAAUUCUCUUUCAAAGCCUCCACGUACCAUGCAAGUUGCUUGGACACCUCCGACCCCUGGGAUUGUGAAAAUUAAUUUUGAUGGGUCACUUCGUAACAACUCUGGAACAGCUGGUGUAGUAAUUAGAGACCACUUAGGAAAUAACAUUAUUAGUCGAACCUACAAUCUUGGAACAUCCUCUCCGAUUCUUGCUGAAGCUACAACUCUUCGGAAAAACUCAAUGCCCGUGGAAGAUACAAGUAUUGAUGAAUGA